AUGAAGACGUCCUCGCUUUUGGAAGACGACAAACAAAAUGGAUCCGAGCUGAAGGUACAGCUGAUAUCCUACGACUCGUACCAGUCUGCGCCGUCGUCUUUGGACAAACAGCGAUUUACGUUGAAUAAUAAACCGUAUAGUGGCAAUAGCACUGUAUUCAGUCAAGUUCCUGUGAUAAGGGUUUAUGGCAAGCUAAUCACGGGCCACACAUGUCUAUUGCACAUCCACAAUGUUUUUCCGUACCUCUAUGUGCAGUAUAGGGGCCCCACAUCGGACGAGAAGAAGAUUGACGAGCAUCUAUUGAGCUGGAAGAACGAGAUAGACAUGCAGAUUUAUCAAUCAUUCAGGUUUCGCCACAGAAAAAAAAGCAAACCAGCAACUAAGGAGGAAGAGGCGACUGACUUGGAAGAUGUGGACGACGUCAACGACGAUGACGACGAGCUUGACGACGAGGACGUGGACAUCGGCGCCGGAAACACCUAUGUUGCAGAUAUAUCUCUUGUGAAAGGCAAUUCUUUUUACGGAUACCAUUUUGGUUUUUCUCCGUUCAUCAAGAUCAGCCUCUUGAGUCCCCGGUACGUGAAAAGGCUCGAAAGACUGCUUGGAGAGGGAAAAUUGUUUGGCAAAGUGGUGCAACCGUUCGAGGCCCAUAUCCCGUACAUGUUGCAGUUUCUGACCGACUACAACUGCUUUGGCUGCAACUGGAUCUAUCUUGAGAAGGUGUUCUGGCGGUCGCCUUUGGUUCACACGCAGGGUCAUCUGGAUGCGUUUCAGGAGUACUUUGACACAGACUUUGCGCAGCUGAAUCGAGUCAAGGUGACUCCUGAGGUAAAAACGGAAAUAGCCACCCAUUUGACCCGUGACAUGUUCAGUAUCAAUGUGCUCUCGUCUGAAAAGUAUCCGCGAAUGGGACGGGCGUUUUGCGAGCUCGACACUUCCGCUGUCUGGCUCAAAAACAGACUAACGUGCAAAGAACGAGAUGUUCAUUCAAAAUUGUCUUUUGACAUUCCCGAAGACCAGGAGGAAGACAGCUAUAUUUACUCGAUCAAGAGUUUGCUAAGUGAUUUAGAAUACCAACGGCGCCAGAGGAACAUGCCUUCCCAGGCCAAGGUCAAGCUUUUCAGUGGAGGAAAGCGCGACUUUACCGGAACGACCUGGAUUGAGCAGGAAGAGCUGAACGAGUUGCUCGCUUACUGUGUUGAAGAAUCCAAGAAGGAAUGGAGCCGACUGCAUCCCAAACAUUCUCUGGAGCCGGACAACGUGGUGCCCAGAAACAGCUGGCUUCAGAAUUACAACACCAGCUUUCAAAGCAUUGACCAGUUCCACCGCCCGAAUGUGCCCGAGAGCCAUCUUCUUAGGGUUCCUGAGGAGCUGAUUUUGCACGAAUCUCAAAUCUGCGACUGGCUGCUUGAAAAGGAUACAGAGCCGGCGGUUGCAAGCACACAGGAGGUCUCGGACGUCGACGUGGUCUCCGACGCGUCGGACUCUUCUUCGGAUGAAACAGAGCACGAGGACGAUUUUCUGGGCAGUAUACCCCAUAUCCAGGAGAAGCUGGGGCUUGUAAAUGGCGAGAGUCCGGCUCCGGUUGUCUCUGAUAAGACGAGCACCGACCAGGCUCAUAGUUCGGACUCCAUCAACCUAGACUUGCGAAUAUUCGAGCAGACACAGGCUACCAGAAGACAUAGCGACGAAACCAACACCAGUGCAGGAACAAAGCACGAUACACAGAUAGACAAUCCAGCCAUCAAAUUGGACGCUUCAGAAGAGCUGUUUGAGCUGACUAUACCGCCGCCAACGUACCCGAGUUUCGACGCCAUGAGAGAUAGUUUUGAGGACCACUCGAUGCUCAAAAUUGAUUACCCCGAUCCAUAUUACAGCUCACGAAACGGGUAUAGUGACGCGCCAGAGUACUUUGCCGGUCGCAAGUUCCAGGUCAGGUGUCUUGAUCUCGAGGGAUUCAAAGCGUACGAUGUUGCUACCAAAACCACCUCGAACUCCGUUUCCAUAGGUGGGGACGGGGUAGCGAGUAUCUGGAAUUAUCGAGAGCAUCCGCCGUCGUAUAAGGAUGUUCUUUGCUGGUCUAUCGAGCACCCAGACCCUGUCAAGACGCGGUCGCAGCUGCUCAAGUCCCAGAUCGACCAGGCAACUCAGAACAUGAAGGGCUACAAGGUCCCGUCUUUCCAGUCUCCUAUUGUGCGCAAAGCAAACAAUUUCAACAAGCUGAUUGUGCUGAGCAUGGAGCUGCACGUUAACACUCGCGGGGACCUGUUUCCGGAUCCGCUGGAGGACGAGAUCAGGGUGAUUUUCUGGUCUUUUGACGACCAAAAUUACCCGAUCGACCUUGGGAUCGAGGGAUCCGGGGUUUUUGUGGUCAAUUCUCACGAGAUCACACGGAAACAGGUUAACUACCCCGUGCAGACUUUUGCAAGUGAGAUCGACAUGGUGAGGGAGCUGAUUUCACUGGUUGAAUUCGUGGAUCCAGACAUUCUCUCAGGAUACGAAAUUCACUCUGCUUCCUGGGGAUAUAUGCUGGAAAGAUUUCGCAAAGUGCACAAGAUGGACCUGGGAGUGCGUUUGUCAAGGGUGGCCACCAAGCAGCUGAACAAGCUGAACGACCGAUGGGGCUACACGCAUGCUUCAGGAAUAAAAAUCACAGGCAGACACAUGCUGAAUUUAUGGCGACCAUUGCGAAAGGAGCUGAGCAUCAACAGAUAUUCCCUUGAGAACGUGGUAUGGCACACUUUGCACAUCAAGAUUCCGCACUACGACCACAAAAUCCUGACGCAGUGGUUUCUCUCCAAAAGUCCGGGAAACCUCAACAAUCUUGUGGAAUACUAUAUGUCCCGGCUGCACUGGCAAAUGAAAUUGAUCAAUAAGAUGGAAAUAAUUGAGAGAACGGUGGAAGAGUCGCGUUUUUUGGGAAUCGACUAUUAUUCGGUGUUCUACCGCGGGUCGCAAUUCAAAGUUGAAAGCCUGCUAGUGCGUCUGGCAAAGGCAGAAAACUUCAUUCUUAUUUCCCCGUCGAAGAAACAGGUUUUCAAACAGGACCCGCUCCAGGUGAUUCCCCUUAUUUUGGAGCCCGAGAGCUCGUUCUACAAGAGUCCAUUGCUUGUCCUGGAUUUCCAGUCGCUGUAUCCGUCUUUGGUGAUUGCCCAUAAUUUGUGCUAUUCUACGUUACUUGGCAGACUACAGGGUUAUGACCCUAAAAAAACACAAACCAUAGGAAUCACGUCCUGGAAAUUGCCACCUGGACUUCUGAAGCUGUUUGAGAAACACAUCACUGUCACGCCGAACGGACUUAUGUUUUUGAAGCCAAACGUUAGAAAAUCCGUCCUGGCCAAAAUGUUGAGCGAGAUUCUAGAUGCCCGUAUUUUGGUGAAAGAUACCAUGAGCGGCCUCAAGGACGAUUCAGAGCUCUACAAACUCUAUAAUAACAGACAGCUGGCGUUGAAGCUGAUCGCCAAUGUCACCUACGGGUACGCAUCCGCCACGUACUCGGGUAGAAUGCCCAACUCGGCCAUAGCAGAUGCAAUAGUCUCUGCUGCACGCGAGACUCUACACAGUGCAAUAAGCGAAAUCGAGAAGAACGAAAAAUGGGGCGCCAAAGUGGUAUAUGGAGACACAGACUCGCUGUUUGUGUAUCUUCCAGGAAAGAGCAAGGCAGACGCAUUCAAACUAGGCCGAGAAAUAUCUAAUUACAUCACCUCUGUUAAUCCGUCCCCUGUUCGAUUGAAGUUCGAAAAAGUAUACUUCCCGUGUGUCCUGAUCAGCAAGAAACGAUAUGCGGGAUACUCCUACGAGCACGAAGACCAAGAAACGCCCAAGUUCGAUGCCAAGGGCAUUGAGACUGUGCGACGAGACGGAGUGCCUGCACAGCAAAAAAUGGUGGAGAAAUCGCUGCGACUACUUUUUGAGACCAAAGAUCUCACCAAAGUCAAGCAAUACGUGAAUUUGCAAUUCCUCAAAAUCAUGCAGAACAAGGUCAAUUUGCAGGAUUUCCUGUUUGGCAAAGAAAUCAGACUGGGAUCGUACAAAAACCCGACUUCUGUCCCUCCAGGUGCUCGCAUCACCAUGAAGAAGGUUGCCGAAGACCCUCGGUCCGAGCCACAGUAUAGAGAAAGAGUAUUCUACAUGGUCGCCAAAGGAUAUAAAGACCAGCUGCUUCGUGAUCGAUGCAUGGCUCCAAGGGACUUUAUAGCCAACAGGAAUCUCGAAUUAGACGCAUUCUAUUAUAUCACCAAAGUGCUCAUACCCCCGCUCCAACGGAUCCUCAACCUCUGUGGUGUCGACGUUAAUAAAUGGUUCGACGAGCUUCCGCGGAACCUGGUUGCCCCCAGCUUGGAUCAGCUGAAUUUCAAAACACCUCUUAUCAAUAGAGCCAAGUGUGUUGUUUGCAAUACUGUAAUUCAAAGAGCGCUAGGGAAAACAGGAAAACUGUGCCACCAGUGCAGCACCAAUGAGCUGCAAACCAUCGCUCACAUGCGCUCGUCCGUGCGCGCGAAGGAAUCCCAGAUGGAUGCCACAAUGCUAAUCUGCAAGCAAUGUACAAAACGGAGUCUGCGAAAUAACAACUCACCGCUUUCCACUGCGCUGGCAUGUACCAACGAGGAUUGCUCUGUUUUCUACGAUCGAAUCAAAGCGAUCAGUCAAACGGAGAAAACAAUGGCAGCCUACGCUGAGUACCUCAGCUGGUGA